UCCUCCGACGAGCCGCGUUGUCGUCGUUGUCUUUUCUAAGUUCGUUUUGUGAGCGCCGCGCGUCAUCGCGGCCUCGACGACUCGGGGCCGCUUUAGCUCGUUAGCAAGGCGAGCUAAGCUACGCGAAGUCAAUGAGCCGCCAAAUCUUUGUCGUGUGGGAAAGAAGCAGAGCGGACGACGGCGACGACCGGCGACCGCGUCGGCUACCGGACGCUUGCAUGGACUCGCGCGCUGCAGACGUGAGGCCCCUCCACAUCAAAAAGGAAGAGGCCGAACCAGAGACACCUCGCAUUAGCGAGGAAGAUGGGAAUCCACAGUGCCCCGACUUAAAAAAGGAAGCGAAGGGAGAAGAGUCCCGGCGCAUCAAAGAAGAAAAAGAGGACGUGGACGUCAGUCAGGAGGGUGGAGAACGUCUUGAAGGUCUGCGUGGGAAAGAGGAGGAAGAGGAGGCUGACAUCAGCCAUUUCCCUUUGCUUCGUGUCAUUGUGAAGGCCGAAGACGACGAAGACCGAGUGGAGUCGUCACAGCUGCAGUCGGAAGCAGACGGCAGCUUCGCUCCACACUCCGACUCGCUGGACACCGAUGACGAGGCGAGAGACAAACCUUUUAGUUGUCCAUUUUGCGCCAAGGGAUUCACGCGGAGGACGCAUUUGAAGUCGCACAUGAUGACGCACACCGGAGAGAAACCGUUUCCUUGCUCGGCUUGUUCUCAGAAGUUCUCUUCUAAAAGCAAUUUGAAGUCGCACAUGAGAACGCAUACCGGGGAGAAACCGUUUCCUUGCUCAGUUUGCAGCGAAAGAUUCCCUCGGAAACACACUCUGAUGGAGCACAUGAGGACGCACACGGGAGAAAAACCUUUUCCUUGUGCAGUUUGCAACCAGACCUUCUCUUCCAAGAGCAACUUGAAGGCCCACAUGAGAAGACACACAGGCGAGAAACCUUUCGAAUGCUCGGUUUGCGGUGAAGGCUUCACGACCAAAGCCAUUCUGUUGGUACACACCAGAAAACAUACCGGAGAGAAACCCUUUACCUGCUCAAUUUGUGGCGAAAGAUUCACCCGGAAAGACACUUUGACGGUACAUAUGAGAACACACACGGGAGAAAAACCUUUUCCCUGUUCAGUUUGCGGGCAAAUGUACUCGUCCAAGUGCAGUUUGAAGAUACACAUGAGGAGACACACCGGCGAGAGACCCUUUGACUGUUCUGUGUGCGGCGAAAGCUACGCUACCAAAGCCAUUUUGGUGGCGCACAUGAGAACACACACGGGAGAAAAACCUUUUUCCUGCGCUGAGUGCGCUCAAACCUUUGCUCAUAAAUGCAACUUGAGGACGCACAUGAGGAAACACGCUGCCGUGGAGAAAUUGUUCACUUGUCCUCACGGGUGCGAUCACAGGUUUUCUUCUCUGAUGGAGGCGGACAAACACCAGUGUGCUGCGGAGAAGGGUGGCAAGCAAUGAUGCUGCCCCACACUUGAACUCUUGCCAAUCACAUCCACUUUGUCAACAACUGCGUGAGCAAACAGUUCAACAGUUGAAGAACAACGUUUCUCAGCGUACAGUACACUUUGCAAAGGAAUUUCAGGAUAUCAUCAUCUGCGCUCCAUAAAAUCAUCAAAAGAUUCCGGGAAUCUGGAGAAAGGCCGAAAGCCGACAUCGAACCCGUGAGCUUCGAUCCCUCAGGCAGCGCUGCAUUAAAAAAAACGGCGUCAUUGUGUCGAGGAGAUUGCCUGUAUGUGGUCUUGGGAACGCUUCAGAAAACCAUUGUCACCUAACACGGUUGGCGGCUACAUCUACAAAUUCAAGUUAAAACUCUACCAUGUAAAGCGCAAGCCAUCGAUCAACAACAGCCAGAAACGCCGCCGGCCGGCUUCUUGGGGCACGAGCUCAUCUGACAUGGACCGACGCAAAGUGGACAAGUGUGCUGUGGUCUGACGAGUCCACAUUUCAAAUUGUUUUGGGAAAUUAUGGGCCUGGGCCAAAGAGGAUAAGGAACAUCCGGAUUGUUGUCAGCGCAAAGUUCAAAAGCCAGCAUAUGUGAUGGUAUGGGGGGGUGUGAGUGCCCGUGGUGUGGGUAACUUGAACAUCUGUGAAGGCACCAUUAAUGCUGAAAGGUACAUACAUGUUUUGGCACAACAUAUGCUGCCAUCCAAGCAACUAAUUUUUCAGGGAUGUCCAUACUUAUUUCAGCAGGACAAUGCCAAGGCACAUUCUGCACGCGUUACAACGGCGUGGCUUGCUAGUAAAAGUGUACGAGUACUAGGCGAGCCUGCUAGCGGUCCAGACCUGUCUCCCGUUGAAAAUGUGCGCAGGCGUAUUAUCGAGUGCAAAAUACCACAACGGGGACCCGGACUGUUGAGCGGCUCAAGCUGUACAUCAAGCGAUAAAACAAUGAAGUUGAACAGUUUGAACGUGAAAUAUUUGUAAAUGUCUUUGGAGUGUAUUCAGUCGAAUACAGGUCGCAAAGGAUUUCAUUUUAAAUCAUUUUAUUGUGUUUUUGUUUUACACAAUGUCCCAUCUUCAUUGGAAAUGGGGUUUACAUUUUGUAAAAAUGUACAAAAGUUAAAAGUCUGCGCAGUAAAUGUUUAUCACCUGUGAUUAGUUACAUAGGCAUUGUUGUCAACUUCUUCUUUUUUUCAGAAUAUUGUUAGAGGUGCCACGAUGAUUUGAGGAAUUGAUUGUCCUGAGAGUUUCUCAAUCUCAGCCUGUCGACAGAAAAUAUUCAGAGAUUUCUGGCGGAAUUUCCGCGUCGCGGGAUCAA